UGAAGCGAGUCUGCAGGUAGAAGAUCAACAACAGACACAGAGGAAGAGUCCUGACCGCUGACUGAGCGACUGAGAGCAGCAGGUCUGUGCUGCCCAGCCAUGGAUCCAGAUCUCACCAUCGUCCUCCUGGGGAAGUCAGGAGUCGGUAAAAGUGCUGCAGGAAACACCAUUUUAGGACGAAAAACGUUUGAGUCCAAGAUGUGUUUCACAUCAGUGACAAAACAGAUUAGUGUAGAAACAGGACGAGUGUUUGAGAAGCAGAUCUCAGUGGUCGACACUCCAGGAAUCUUAGACAGCAAGGAGUCUACAAAGAACAUUAAGACCUACUGUCAGAAACUCCUGCAGUCCAACAGACCAUGUCUGUUCCUGGUGGUUCUCAGCAUUGGGAGGUUCACUCAGGAGGAUCAGAAGGCUAUAGAUACAGCUAAGAGGGUCCUCGGAGAUCAGGGAUCAAAGAAGACUUACCUGCUCUUCACUCAUGGAGAUAAACUCCAGGGCAGGUCAUUGAGAGAUUUUAUCUUUGCAGACAAAGAUGGUAAACUGGAAGAUGUAGUGAAGAUGUUUUCAGCAGCGUUUCACCUCUUCAACAAUGAGGAUGGAAGUCAGGAACAAGUCCAAGAUCUGCUGCUGAAGACCGGGUACCUCAGGACCCACCGACUACUGGACCCACCAGCUGGUCUCCAGGAGCCUGUUCAGAGGAGGAUCGUGCUGUUUGGUCGACCUGGAGUCGGGAAGAGUGCAUCAGGAAACACCAUCCUGGGAUCUGAGAAGUUUAAAUCAGCAUGUGACUUUGACUCAGUCACUACAGAGUGUGUCUCUGAAUCAGCCUUAGUGGACAGUCGGCUGCUCCUCGUGGUCGACACUCCAGGAUUCACUGAUGAAGUUCUGACUCCUCAGCAGCUCUACGAGGAGCUCAUGAAGAUAUUAGUGGAGGCCAGUCCAGGACCUCAUGCCUUUGUUAUUGUAGUCAGAAUAGGUAGAGUCUCUGAAGAAGACAAGAGACUGUUUGAGCUGCUGCCCAUACUGUUUGGAGAAGAAGCCUCUAAGUACCUCAUGGUGCUCUUCACUCAUGGAGAUGUACUAGGAGGUCGCUCCAUGGAUCAGCUGAUCCAGUCCAACUGCUGGGUGUCUGAUCUGGUGUCCAUGUGUGCUGGGAGGUAUUCUGUGUUCAACAACACUCAAAAAGAACAGAGGUUGCAGGUCAGAGAGCUGCUGAAUAAGAUAGAUGAUAUGGUUGGAGCUAAUGGAGGAGAACACUACACCUCUGAUAUGUUCAGGAUGGCUGAGACCUUCAUCAGAGAGGAACAGAACCGAGCAGCUCAGUCAGCUGGUAGUAACUCCUCAGGUACAUCAGCUGAUAGCGACUCCUCAGGUACAUCAGCUGAUAGAGACCCCUCAGGUACAUCAGCU